AUGGCCGUAACUUUCCUGUUUGCUCCAGUACAUUGGUAUGUCAUUGAAGAGCCACGAUCAACAAGCUGUGUUGUUGAGCCAAGUAAUCGUCCUGAACCGCAGUGUCUUACAAGUGACAGUAAAACUAUCGAGUUACAGCACCACGAAAACAUGAAAGUUUCUUGUCGGCUAACAUCCGACCAUGCUACCAAGAAGAAGUACGAUUUGCUAAGACGAAAGGUUAUUACCGUAUGUGUACCAUCAGUAAGAUUUGAUAAAGUUGCAAGAAAGGGUCUCAAUAUGACUCAGUUCGACUUUGAAAAGGCUUUUUAUAACCAGAAGUUUCGCCUCAACAAAGAAAAACUUCUGAAAAAGAGUCGCAAACUUGACGAAGGCGAUAUAUUGGAUCUGGUUACCCGGGAAGAAUGUGGAAAAAUUUACGGGAAACGCGUUAUACUCAUAAAUGUAGCUGAAAAGGGUUGUGGUUUUUCAAUGUGCCUUGCAUUCCGCAAAAUCCGAUCAAGACCGCCUAUUGCUCUGUUUUUGAGCGUAUUGUUGCUCUGUGUGACAUUCCUUUCGAGUGCCUUGAUUAGAUUUCAUACAGAAAAGUCGAUUCCCGAUUCGGACGUUAGGACGAAUGCUGCUAAAAUGCUACAUACCUUUUCGGAACUCGAAUUCUGCAGCGAACCUUGGACGAGCUUCCCAAAACAGUUUCAGCUAAAUGACGCCUUUUUGCUCAAUCUUGAUAGUUUGAACUACAGAAAGUCGGAUCAAGUUUUCUCUCGCAACUUUCGACUUGGUAUAAUUUACUCAUACAAACCGACAAUAAAGAGUAAACCGCUGUUUGCUCAAAUGCGUGGCAGUCAUCUUGGAUUCACAGGUAAAUCCUCAUGGAGAAAACAGAAGGUUCCUUCGCUGUGGCUCAGAGGUGAUCAGUACCUACCCUUGGAGCACAGACUACCGCCUGCUGAAGCUGUUGCGCUCGAAAGUAUAGAGUUAAAAAAGAAGGCUCGUCUAAUUCAAGUGUCUACCGAGGAUAUGGAGGUGAAAUACUAUUUAAGGCAACUCGGUGAACCAAUCUGUCUGUUUGGCGAAGAUGGAGCCGACAGGCGGGAACGUCUACGAAUGUUUCUAGCAGUAUCCGGAGGGCCGGCUCAGCGUCCCAUCCUCGAUGUUUCCGACGCAAAAAACUCCACAUUGGCAGCUCGUGACAACAAUACGGUCUGGUACCACCAAGGUCCGGAGGGUCUGGCGGAGGCGCGAAUGUGGAUUGCGAAGUACUCCUUAGCUCAGGCCAAACAACGUCUCGAACGGUCCAGGCGUUACUAUGCUUCCACGCCUGAGCCCCAACGCAAGGCUCGCUAUCAGGAAUACCUAAAAAUCCUUCGGAGCACGGCACUUGUGUGCAGUCAGGUGGGUGACACGCGGCCUCUGACUUGUUGCCAAUUCUCGCCGGACGGGGAGAUGCUGGCGACCACGUCUCUGAGUGGUCUGUGUCGCCUCUGGUUGGUGCCAAAUUGUGAGCUGCAGAUGAACCUACGCGGCCACCAGUCAGGCGCCUGUUGCAUCGCCUGGCACCCUCAGGCCCGCCUUCAACCCAACCUCCAAAUUGCUCUCGCCAGCUCUGCGCAGGACGGGAGUGUGAAGCUGUGGAGCUUAGACAACGAGGAGCCGCUGGCGGACAUCGAGGGUCACGCGCCUUACCGCGUCUCACGAAUCGCUUUCCACCCCUCGGGUCGCUUUUUGGGUACGACUUGUUUCGACUUCUCUUGGCGCCUGUGGGACCUGGAGGUGUGCGUCGAGAUCCUCCACCAGGAAGGCCACUCAAAACCCGUCUAUGACAUCGCCUUCCACCCCGAUGGCUCGCUGGCCCUCACUGCCGGUCUAGAUAGCUACGGGCGUGUGUGGGAUUUGCGCACCGGCCGGUGCAUCAUGUUUCUCGAGGGCCAUUUGGAGGAGAUGCUAGGCGUCGAUAUCGCCGCCAACGGCUACCACGCCGCUUCUUCCUCCGCCGAAAAUUGUGUUCGCAUUUGGGACCUGCGCCAACAGCAGACAAUAUAUGUCAUCCCUGCGCACACCAGUGUUGUCAGCUCGGUAAAAUUCGAACCGGGAAGUCAUAAUUACUUAGUGACGAGUUCCUUUGAUAAGACGAUCAAGUUGUGGGGUCACCCCUUGUGGUCGCCGAUCCGAACGCUGGAGGGCCACUCAGGACGCUGUGUCUACGCAGAUAUCUCGCCGGAUAAAAAACUCAUUGCCUCUGCGUCCCACGAUCUUACCUUCAAGUUGUGGUCUCCCCACGCUGGGGAACAUCACUAG